AUGGACAAUCAAGGUUAUCCGGAGUCUCCUAUGGAGCAGGACGAGUCCUACCCGUGCAAGGGCUGUGGAGAGACUCUUGAAGAAGGAAAAGCGUUUGAACUAGCUGGAAACCGGUGGCACAUCGAUUGUUUUCGAUGCAGCACGUGCAGCACCCUCCUUGACUCGGAUGCGCAUCUUCUGCUGCUGGGUGAUGGAUCCCUCAUUUGCAGUGACUGCACAUACAGCUGCAGCUCCUGUAACAACAAGAUCGAAGAUUUGGCCAUCUUGACUGGGGACCAGGCCUUUUGCGCCCAGUGUUUCCGAUGCCGGAAUUGUAAACGAAAGAUCGAGAACUUGCGAUAUGCGCGCACUUCCCAGGGUAUAUUCUGCAUGGACUGUCACGAGUCACUAAUGGCACGAAGAAGGAAAAGAAAAGCUGGUGCCAGUAGCAGCAAGCGGCCAGCCGGACCUAAUGUGAAGCUGGAUAAGUCCUUGCCGUCGUUGCCUCCACACCUCGCCGAGGAAUCUCAAAUAAUGGAAGAAGACCGAAGUGACUAUGCAGGCACGCCAGAUCCUGAUAGAAUGGCGGAGACGCCUGAGUUUAAUGAUGAAAGGCCAGGCAGCGCACCUAUGAAUCAGCCAGCCGAUACAGACAAUCUUAUCUUGCCAUCCAGCACAUACCGCAGAAGCCGACAAUCGAUUGCACACAACGUCGAUGCCGACGGAGGUGAGCUAUUGAUUCCUCUUGCCUUUGAUCCUACCGCCGAGGGUAACUCUUCCCGUGGCCAUUCCCAAACCCGACAGGAGCCUACUCGCGACAUCUCCAAUCAAGUUCGAUCUGGUGAAUCCUCGCACGGCACCUCACACGAAGGCCGUGAUUAUCUGCAAGACCUCAGCUCUCGAAAUUCUUCAGAGCAUCCUUCGCCUCAUAUCGCUUAUCAGGAGAAAGGCUGGGAGCAGAACGACGCCAAUUCAUCCGACAGAACCCCCGCGCCGCUCGCCGACUCUUCCAAGCCUACAAAGGCAGGCUCUGUUCGCAGCUCAUCCGACAUACCUAUCAGCUUCCAAGAAACAGGCAACGCUUCUGGAGUCCCCAGUCCUGAAACCAACAUGUCGCGAGACGAGACAAAAUGGCACGCCGCCACGGAUAGUGUCACUUCUGCUCCUGCUCGUCCUUCGCACGAGCUUCGGCGUCUUCACGACCACCCGUCAACUGACUCGGCGCGCUCUCAACCCGCCGGCAUGUCGCAAUUGCCGAAGCGCGGCGACUCGCUUGAGAGCAAGCAUCAUCAGAUCCAAAGGAAAGAGCUCGGAUCAUCCCCUGCAUCGUCACAAUACGGGGAAUUCCCCACGUUGCGUAGUGACACCUACGAACCACCCAGUCAAUUGAGCACGCCGUUACUCGAAUCCAACCAAUAUGAAGGUGCCGGCUCGUCAUCAUUGCUCCGCUACAACAGUGGAGGUGACUUCUCGAUGGAUGAGGAAUUAUCCCGCAUCAUUGGGGGCGAUGAUGCCGUCGCACAGAGCAACGAUUCGUUCCUGCGUCGUGUUUCAAACUCCGUCCGCCAUGGCCGAAGCUUCAGUGAGAAGAGUGUGCGACUCAGCAAAGACAUUAAGAACCCUCGUUCUCCUAGCAAUCGCAGUAUAGCCGGAACCGAUGUUGGAAGCCCCCUCUCCGGGUCCCAGAAUGAAGAGAUCGCUUGGCUUCGAAACGAGUUGCGCAAGGAGCGUCUGCGGAUUGCAGAGCUGGAAGCGGCCGCUCGUACGGCAGCAGAUGUGAGGCUGGUUAACACGGAGCUUUCCGAGAAGCGAUCCACCAUGGUCGUUCUUGACGCUCAGCGUGAAAUCGUUCUACGUGAGCUCUCUGUGCUCACUGAUUACAUCAAAGCCGAAAAGAGUGCUGGUACUAAUGGACCGCUGGACCUCGACAAACUCACCAACAAUGUCCUACGCGAACUCGCAGAGUCAAUUCAAAAGUUGAAGGACUCGUUUACUCCACAAAUCAAAGAGCUUAUGCAGCAACGCAACGAUCUUCUGGAAGAAACCGAGCGCCUGACCGUUCAAAAGGAGAAGAGUCUCCAGGAAUUCGAGCAAUUGUCCUUGAAAAACGCACAACUGGCUGAAUUGAACAAUCAAUUGGUUCACCAGGUUCAAGAACUUUACAAAGCAACGGACGGGCAGUCGCGAUCUAAUGGUCUAGGCAUCUCCCACGGUAAACAAAAGUCCGUCAAUUCCAUUGAAAUGAUGAAGUCUGGCUACGGCGAUCUUAAUGCAUCUGUCUCCACUGCUCAUAUCUCCGAGGAUUCUGAGCCCGCCACUGCCACUAUGGUCCCAGGCCCCCAGGUUGUCAGUAUCCGCAAGGGCCAGCCUCGCAAGUUCAACUGGAAAAAGGGCGGACAGAAUGUCGCCAAGGGUGUCAAGGGCCUGAAGGGGGCCUUCAUGGGCAGUGAAGGACAAGGACAAGAGGGCGGUGCUGGUCUACCUCGGUCGCAGACCCAAGACCCGAGUCGCCAGGGCUUUGGAUUCUUCGGAAACCAGAGGGGCAAGCAGGGCGGAAAGAUGUCACAAGCUGACAGCGUGCCAGUUUUGGCCGAAGUUGCUCCCGAUGCUCUCUUUGGCACCGAGCUCGAGGCUCGCAUGGAACAUGAAAAGAGCAUCAUUCCCGCCAUCGUCACCCGCUGUAUCCAGGAAGUCGAGCUACGAGGCAUGGACAUGGAGGGUAUUUAUCGCAAGUCCGGUGCCUCCUCAGUGGUUCAGACUAUUCGCGAAGGCUUUGAGCGCUCUCCCUACGACUUCGAUAUAUCUGAUGCCGACCUCGAUAUCCAUGCGGUCACAUCCACUCUGAAGCAGUAUUUCCGCAAGCUUCCCAAUCCGCUGAUCACUUACGAGGUUUACGAACUCGUCAUCGACUCUGCUCAGGUCAAUCCCAUGUCUGCUCGAAUUGAGCUCAUGCAGAAGAGCCUGCUUGAACUGCCUCGUGUCCACCGUGAUGUUCUGGAGUUCUUGAUCUUCCAUCUAAGACGUGUUGUGGAUCGUCACGAAGAGAACUUGAUGACCAGCCAGAACAUUGCCGUUGUCUUUGCGCCGACCCUGAUGCGCCCAGAGAGUAUCACGCGGGAGAUGACGGAUGUCCAAAAGAAAAAUGACGUCCUCAAAUUCUUGGUAGAGAACUGUCAAGAAGUCUUCAUGGGCAUGCAGGGCUGA